AUGCGAACAAAGCCAGCGCAGAUCUGCUUCAGCAACAUCUCUGCGGCCAAAGCUGUUGCUGAUGCUAUUAGAACAAGCCUUGGAGCAAAAGGAAUGGAUAAAAUGAUUCAAGAUGGAAAAGGUGAUGUGACCAUUACAAAUGAUGGUGCCACCAUUCUUAAACAAAUGCAAGUGUUACAUCCAGCAGCCAGAAUGCUGGUGGAGCUGUCUAAGGCACAAGAUAUAGAAGCAGGAGAUGGCACCACACCAGUGGUCUUCAUUGCUGGCUCUCUCUUAGAUUCCUGUACCAAGCUUCUUCAGAAAGGGAUUCAUCCAACCAUCAUUUCUGAGUCAUUCCAGAAGGCUUUAGAAAAGGGUAUAGAAAUCUUGACUGACAUGUCUCGACCUGUGGAACUCAGUGACAGAGAAACUGUAUUAAAUAGUGCUACCACUUCCUUGAACUCAAAGGUUGUGUCUCAGUAUUCAAGUCUGCUUUCUCCAAUGAGUGUAAAUGCAGCGAUGAAAGUGACUGACCCAGCCACGGCUACUAGUGUAGAUCUUAGAGAGAUUGAAAUAGUUAAGAAACUUGGUGGGACAAUUGAUGACUGUGAGCUGGUAGAAGGGCUGGUACUUACUCAGAAGGUGGCAAAUUCUGGCAUAACCAGAGUUGAAAAGGCUAAGAUUGGGCUUAUUCAGUUUUGCUUAUCUGCUCCCAAAAUGGAUAUGGAUAAUCAAAUUGUAGUUUCUGACUAUGUCCAGAUGGAUCGAGUGCUUCGGGAGGAGAGAGCCUAUAUUCUCAAUUUAGUGAAGCAAAUUUAAAAAACAGGAUGUAAUGUCCUCUUCAUACAGAAGUCUAUCCUGAGAGAUGCUCUUAGUGAUCUUGCAUUACAUUUCCUCAACAAGAUGAAGAUUAUGGUGGUUAAGGAUAUUGAAAGAGAAGACACUGAAUUUAUUUGUAAGACAAUUGGAACCAAGCCAGUUGCUCAUAUUGACCAAUUCACUGCUGACAUGCUGGGAUCAGCUGAGUUAGCUGAGGAGGUCAAUUUAAAUGGUUCUGGCAAACUGCUUAAGAUUACAGGCUGUACAAGCCCCGGAAAAACCGUUACAAUUGUUGUUCGUGGAUCUAACAAAUUGGUGAUUGAAGAAUGCUCUAUUCAUGAUGCCCUAUGUGUUAUUCACUGUUUAGUGAAGAAGAGAGCUCUUAUUGCAGGAGGUGGUGCUCCAGAGAUAGAACUGACCCUGCGGUUAACUGAAUAUUCACAAACAUUGAGUGGCAUGGAAUCCUACUGCAUUCGUGCUUUUGCAGAUGCUAUGGAAGCCAUUCCAUCUACGCUAGCUGAAAAUGCUGGCCUGAAUCCCAUUUCUACAGUAACAGAACUAGGAAACCGACAUGCCCAAGGAGAAAAAACUACUGGCAUUAAUGUCUGAAAGGGUGGUAUUUCCAACAUUUUGGAGGAACUGGUAGUCCAGCCUUUGUUGGUCUCAGUCAGUGCACUGACUCUAGCAACUGAAACUGUCCAGAGCAUUCUGAAAAUUGAUGAUGUGGUAAACACUCAGUAAUCGGAUUAA